AUGAGAAAGCGUGACAAGCGCACGUCUUGUGAGUACGAUAAUAGCAGAGAAGGUCGAGAAACCUCUGGAGAUAGCACCUCGGGCUUGGACGAAGACUGGUUUUCAUCAUCCCAUCAAACAUGUCAACACCAAAAUUCACCACCGCCUGGCCAACCUGGCAUCGGUGAACGCGACACCAACUACGGUAUCGAAUCAAUGACUGGUGCUGCAGGAGCUCCCGGCGCGGGAUUCUUUGGCAGCAGCUCCGCGAGCGUGUUCCUCGAACAGGUCAGGGCGGCCAUCAAUGCAAAGGUAGCCGGCUACGCUGCUGUUCCCGAGACCAGAGCGUCUGCAAACGUGGUACCAGCCCCCGACGCAGGUAGGGGUACUUCGCAGCGAAUAUGCGAAUACCUGGAUUAUGAGCUACCGUCAAGAAGAAAUGCGGACAGCCUUGUUUCUCGGUACUGGGAGGUCAUACAUCCACUGAACCCAUUUCUCCUUCGGCAAACGUUUGAGAAAUCAUACCACCGGAUCUGGACUGGUAUGCCACUCGAUGGGGACGAAAGGACGUAUCUGUGCUUGCUUAACUCCAUUUUCGCUCUAUCCUCGUGCAUUACGGAUUCAAUACCUAUCACGCAGAGGAUACCUACCUCCAAAGUGUAUUUUCAGCGGGCGCGCGAUCUGCUCAGCUUGACCUUUUGGGAGUCCGGCUCGAUUGAAACCAUCCAGUGUCUGUUGAUAAUGGCUCAGUAUUUGCAGAGCACAAAUGAAGUCCAUCAAUGUUGGAUGUCAGUUGGCCAGGCUGUCAGGAUGGCUCAAGAAAUGGGAUUGCAUCUUCCGGAGCCUGCUUGGCUGGAUCAAAGUCUACAAGAAAGGGGGCUGUUCAGGAGGAUCUGGCACGGUUGCAUAUUGAUGGACCGCUUGGUUGCCAUGGCACUGGGUCGCCCAUCCAUGGUCUCCAAGACUGUGGCAGAGGCGAGACCAUACCCGUCCAUCACAGACGAGGAGUUUCUGCUAUAUGAUAUUACCGUUGCCAGUGCUCCACCCACAGAAAUGCCGCCCCCUCUCGCUUUUUAUAUAAAGAUUUUGGAGCUCUAUGCCAUAGUCGACGACAUCCUAACGGCCUUGUAUAUGCACAACGAUGCGGUACGGAGAGGACGGACUAGGCCCCAGCGAGCUGACUUGCAUAACACGGACAUGACCACCAUCGUACGAUUGGAUAAGGAUUUAACAAAUUGGUCCAACGGUUUGCCCCUUCAUCUCCAGCCCUCGCGGCCUGAAUCGCUGGUGAACGACACCAUUCGCAGACAAUCAAUUGUAUGCAGGGCAAGACUGCUACAUGCAAGGAUUCUUCUGUUUCGACCUGUGUUCUCUUUGUUCUGCCUGUCAGAUACACAGUCAGAUGAAGCUGAUCCACACGUGGAAGAGAGCUUGCAUCAGUGGAUGAUUCUUCGCUGCUCUAUUCUAUGCCUCCAAGCUGCCCAUGAGCUCAUUGACCUGAUAUUCGCGAAUUUCCCACGGGAUGGAUCCAUUGGAUCACUUCCAUCCUGGUGGUACAAUACGUUUUACCUUUACAGUGCUGCCACUGUUCUUUUAGCAUCUCGGCUACACCCACGCCUUCACGACUCAGAUCCAGGAUACAUCAACGCCGUUUCCUGGUCCCAUGUAGUUCAAAUACUUGAGGCCAUCGCGCCAAUGAGCGAGUCAGCGCACAAGUGCGCUAUUGCGCUAGAGAUUUUAUCAACGACCAUAACCCUCGCCAUGGGGAACGAACCACAAACCACCCUAGCCCCCAACAAUAAUAACUGUGGACGGCAGCUAGAUGCCGGACUGAACAAUCCAGAUGUUCCGACACAUGGAAUAGCCAACUUUGGUGAAGCAGGGGAUCUGGCCGAUAUCAAUGAUCUUCUGUUGGAUAUGAGCGACAUGUCAUGGCUCGACAGUAUUCCUGCUCAUGUAUGA